AUGGCCGCGGAACCAGCCAACCUGCCCGAGGGCAUCAUUUCCCUCUUAGAUACCGAUCUCUACAAGCUGACUAUGCAAUGUUGCAUACUCAAGUUCUUCCCAGAUGUCUCAGUCACCUACGGCUUCACAAACCGCACGCCCGACAAGAAGCUGAAUCGCGCAGCCUUCAAGUGGUUACAAGCGCAAGUAGAUAAACUCGAGAAUAUAACCGUGUCCGAUGCCGAAAUCGCCUUCCUCAAGAACACCUGCCCCUACCUGAACGCGCAAUACCUCCACUUCCUCUCCACGUUCCGCCUCAAGCCCUCCAAACAACUGAAGCUAUCCUUCCAACCCGCGAACGACACUGGGUCAGACAGCGACAGCGGCGAUUUCCACAUCCAUACCGAGGGUCUUUGGCUAGAUACCAUCCUGUAUGAAAUCCCGUUACUCGCGCUGGUCAGCGAGGCAUACUUCAAAUUCGUCGAGACAGACUGGAGCCAUGAGGGCCAAGUCGAAAAGGCAUACCAGAAGGGGCGGAGUCUGCUGGAAGGAGGAUGCAUCUUCUCCGAGUUUGGCUCGCGGAGACGUCGCGACUACCACACUCAGGAUCUAGUGCUGCAGGGCUUGCGCCGGGCAGCUGACGAGGGCGACAAGGCAGGGUGGAAAGGCAAACUCUCAGGGACAAGCAAUGUCCAUUUCGCCAUGAAGCACGGCCUCGUUCCUGUGGGCACCGUCGCGCACGAGUGGUUCAUGGGUGUGGCUGCCAUUACCAACAACUACGAGAGCGCAAACGAGAUUGCCCUGGAAUACUGGACAGCGACGUUUGGCGCAGGCGUCUUGAGCAUCGCACUCACGGAUACCUUCGGCACACCGACCUUCCUGAGAGCCUUCAAGAAGCAGAUUCCUCGCGUUACCACGGCUAUCCCAGGCGGUGGCACAACGCUGGCGUCAGCUGGCCAAACCACCAACAACGAUGCCGUGGAGACAAUGGCGUCAACCAACCCGCCGAUCCAAGCACCAUACGAUGGAAAUUUAGGAUCGAGACAGACUUAUGCCGAGGUUUUCGCAGGUGUGCGACAGGACUCUGGAGACCCGUUGGAGUUCAUCAAGAUGAUGCGCGACUUCUACGACCAGGAAGGCAUCAAGGAUAAAAAGACCAUCGUAUUCUCCGACUCUUUGAACCUUGAGCUGUGCUUCAAAUACAAGGCUGCUGCAGAAGCAGCAGGGUUCCAGCCCACUUUCGGUGUUGGAACAUUCCUGACAAAUGAUUUUGUCGAGCAAACAACAGGCAACAAGUCUGUGCCCCUCAACAUUGUGAUCAAGAUCGCGUCCGCUGCGGGGCGUUACGCCGUCAAGAUUAGCGACAACAUUGGCAAGAACACAGGAGACAAGGCGACAGUAGAUGAAGUUAAGCAGCGACUAGGCUACCAGGAGAAGUCGUGGGCUGGGGGUGAUGAGAAGACGCGCUGGGGGACUGCAGGCGCGCCAGCCACUUAG